GUGUCGCAUUCCCCUUCCUGCUUGUGAGCGACCUUUGGACAGACGGGUCGUGGGAUAGGGGGAAGCUUGAUAGGGAGUUGGGCCUUGGGGCGGGUUUUAGCGAGCAUUUAUUAGAUCAGAUCCAGCAGAUCCCUAUCUCGGGGGACGGUUCGGAUGGCAUGAGGUGGAGACUUACAUCAUCGGGUGUGUUUUCUACUACCUCGGCUUGGGAGCAAAUCAGGUCGAGAGAUCGGCCUAAUCUUCUCUUCGGAGCCAUCUGGAGCGAUCUUUUCACCUCUACCAUUUCGGUUUUCCUUUGGCACCUCCUCUUGCGCUGGAUACCCGUGGACAUUGUUUUACACGCGAGGGGUUUCUCCUUCCCCUCCCGGUGUGUGUGUUGUUCUAAGACUGGACACCAUGAGACCGAGACCUUUACCCACCUUUUUCUAGAGAGUAAGAUUGUGAGGAGAGUGUGGGAGCACUUUGCCACCUGGACACAUAUAUCCCUACCCUCCACAGAUAGUUUCUUUGAGCUCCUGAGUUUUUUCUCUCAGAGCACACACUUUAGACACGUGGGCUUCCUCAUUCCUUGUCUGAUCCUUUGGUUCACCUGGACGGAAAUGAAUAGUGCGAAGCAUAGGGAUACUACUUUUUUGUUUUCUCACAUUGUUUUGCAGGUAGAGAGACAUCUUUCCCUCCUUACAUCCUUAGAUAGGCUCACUGCCCGAGACUGGACAAGUUGCUCGCCACCACACCGCUACAUGGUGGCCCCCACUGCACCUCGUGCUAAGUCGCACAUCCACAGUAUUGAGACUGAUGGGUCAUCUCUGACCCAAGAGUCUCAGAUUCGGGAGUCGGCUAUUGCCCACUUUCAGACCCUUUUUACCUCCGACAGAGGGGCUUUCGAUGCCCCGAUCGCUUCCUUCUUUCCCACCAUUCCUCCUUCGGUCGACCUCGUCGGCCUUUGUGAGCUCCCGAGCAGGGAGGAGGUUAGGGAUGCUGUCUUCGGGAUUGAUCCCAACAGCGUUUCUGGCCCUGAUGGGUUCUCUUCUCUCUUCUAUCAGGUCUGCUGGGAUAUUGUCGAGCCUGAUGUUGAGGAGGCAAUGUUGGAUUUCUUCUCCGGUCACCGGAUGUCGGAUUCCUUCACGUCGACCUCUGUCGUCUUGAUUCCCAAAAGACCCAAUCCGAGUUCUUGGUCCGACUACAGGCCCAUCAGCCUAUGUAACGUGACCAAUAAGCUCAUUUCGAAGAUUCUUAACGGCCGCCUUUCCCCUCUUCUCCCCUCCCUCAUCUCUCCGAACCAGAGUGGUUUCGUCAAGGAUCGGGUCAUUAGUGAUAAUAUACUUUUGGCCCAGGAGAUGAUCCACGAUAUCUCCCAUGCGGAUUGGAAACGGUCACUGAACGUUGCGCUCAAGCUAGACAUGGCUAAGGCGUAUGAUAGGGUGGAGUGGUCGUUCCUUAGGGAGGCACUGGCUAGGAUGGGAUUUCUUGAGCGGUGGAUCAGUUUUUUUGAGGCGUGUGUGGAGCACUGCACGUUCUCGGUUCUGGUUAAUGGUAGCCCCACCGAUUUCUUUCCCUCCUCUAGGGGCCUUAGACAGGGUGACCCCCUUUCCCCAUUCCUUUUUGUCCUUGCGGCGGACUACCUCUCUCGCUGCCUUGACGGCUUCAUCCGCGACUAUCCAAGGAUGACAUACAACACCC